AUGAGUUCCCAGCGAGCGAAACUUAUAUUAAAGUUAGCAAAAACCAAAGCAAGAGUAGAGAAGAAAGAGAAUGGUGCGCAGGAUAGUUGGAAAAUUUCGCAGCACAAUAAUAUUGGCAAUACCAGCAGUACUGCAGAGGAAGCUGUUAAUAGCGUCACGGUCAAUAAAGAGUCCCUAAACAUGAUUGAAAGUAAUAAUAUCCGCAAUAGUUUAAAAGAAGCCAAAAAUGCAACCGAAGAUAAGAAUAAUAUAGAGUCUGUAAAUCAGAUCGAUCUGCCAAGCCAAAACGUUAUCUCCCAAACGACAAUCAUUCCUGGUAUCAUCUUUGAUGAGAGUUCAGAAGAUAUUGUAGGUGUUACAUUAAUAAAUAGAACUCGAUCUCAGGGCUUACUUAGAGCGGAUGAAUAUGAAGAAUUCCCUAGCAGUAAUGGUCCUAGCAGUGAGCUAAUAGAAGAAGAAGCCACUUCUUCUAAAGUAUUUUCUGUUGAACCUGCAAUUCAAACAGAUAACAAUUCAAGUAGUAGGUCCUCAAGCGAUUCGGACCCAACCAGUUCUGAAGAAGAACCUUUUGGUUCUGGUGCUUCAGAAGAAGAUCCUGAUUUUGAACCAGAAAACAUAUUGUCUUCCAGUGAAUCCGAAGUAGAUGGUAUACCUCAAAAUGUAGCUUUACCAAUACGUCGUUCGGUGCACUAUCCUUCUGAAACAGAGAAGCAAACUAAAAAACGAAAAAGAGUCCCAGAUGAAUGGCAAAAGAAUAAAGCGAAACGUCUUAGGAACACAGGUAAAAGUUAUGAAUCCAUUAGAAAAAUCAAGAAAAGUGAUGGAAGUAUCGAACAGAUGAAAGUAAAGUGAGAAGAAAGAAAGAUGUCCGUGCCCUGUGGGGUAAAAUGCCGCUUAAAGUGUUCCACCAAAAUCUCACAAGAUCAGAGGCAAAAAAUUUUUGAAGAAUAUUGG